AUGUCGUAUUCCCCAGCCGAAUUCGAAGCGUUCCUGGGGUUAAAGCUUAGGCAGCGUUGGUUGGUUUAUUUGGUAUUGUUCAGAAGCACUGGGCAGCUUCGAAAUACGCUGAGCCGCGCUCGUGAGUUGUGCGAGCGAUGGCGCAGUGGAAGCAGCGCGCCUUCGCCGCCCACGCCCGCCCCGGACGACGAAGGCGGAGGGCGGCUGGCGCGAUGGUUCAGCGUACGACGUGGUUCUACACAUCAAUAUGAUAUGCACACACAUGAGACGGAUAAAAUGCCCAAGUUGCCAGAGCUCGAGGAGGAUAUGUUCUCCUGCGGGGGCGAACUCCGCGGCGGUCGGACACCACCACCUACCCUGGGUCCACCUCCGGAUUCCCUGACACCAGUGCAGCUCCGACGGCGUCACGUGGUAGCUGCUAUUAUACACAGCGAGAAUUCAUAUGUCGCCACACUUCAGAGACUUAUAAUUGACUACAAGAAACCCCUAGAGGAGAGCAGUCCAGCGAUUCUAAAUGGGAGCAAAAUACAGACACUCUUUCACCGGCUUCCGGAUAUCCUGCAAUGUCAUUUACACUUUCGCACCGCACUUGCCGACUGCGCGCGGACAUGGGACCGCGAUGAAAAGAUAGGCGAGGUCUUCUUAAACGCGUUCUCAAAGGCAGUAGUGCUUGAUGUAUAUUCGGACUUUAUAAACAACUUCUCCGUCGCAAUGGAGUUGGCAAAAAUGGAGUCGAAGAGGAAAUCUGCUCUGGCUGACUUCUUCAAAGUGAAGCAGAUCAGCGCACACGAUAGACUCUCCUUCUUUGGGCUUAUGGUGAAACCGGUGCAGCGGUUUCCGCAGUUCAUCAUGUUUUUACAGGAUCUCCUAAAACACACACCUCCUGGUCAUAUAGACCGUGUAUCACUACAACGUGCUUUGACGAGGCUUGAAGCGAUGGCCGACGCCCUCAAUGAGAGGAAACGGGAAGCUGAGAGGACUCAGGCGUUCCGCGGUGCCCUCCGUCGUUUGACUCGCGGCGGUGUAGGCGCAGGUGGCGCAGGAGGCGCGGCCAGAUUUGGCGCAGCCCGACUCCUCGCUUCGAGAGCCGAUAAGCGGCAUUUACUACGGCAGGACGAUCUCUUACAACUGGAAUUUAAUCAAUCAGGCACACUAACAAAAUGCAAGCCGCGUCGCUUGUUAUUACUAAACGAUCUGGUUGUUUGUGUGUCUGUGGGUGCUGGGGGAGAGGAGACGGAAAGACUUGGCCUCAAAUGGGCGCACCCUGUGCAGGACGUCGAAGUACUCGAUACAGGGACUUCGCCCACGCUCAGUCGAGUACUUGCUCAGGGUAUGAAUCGUAGUGGAAGUCUACGUUCCAACUCUAGUAGCGGCACCACCGCCGGCGACUCACUCUGCAAUGAGAUGUCGGCGUUGAUGCACGACUACGAGACCGUGUCGAGGAUGGCAGAUCUCGCUGCUUCACUGAAGACGCCGUAUGCUGAAGUGGCUCCAGAAAUGUUUAGGACUCUCUUGCAGAAUAUACAGCAGAGUAUACAGAAAAAAGAUGACGAAAUGGCCUGGGUGGAUUCCUGCUGCCUUCAGCUAACAAUCAGAGGUCGCGAAGAGCCAAUCACCUUCAGGGCUAACGAACCAGGGGCGAGACGGGCUUGGGCCACUGAAUUAAGGUUGGCCCAGCUUGCGCAGGCGCGGGCCAACGGUCCAGCUUGGAGAUUACCGGCCAGUACCACACCGCCUCAUAAGAUGCCAUUGUAUGUGACAGCUGCGCCUGUUUACUCAUCGAAUUCUCUGACUGAGGUGAAAUGCGGCUGCUUCUACUCGAGCACGGGCUGCAGUAAUGGUGGCACUCGUCGUCGCGCGAGGUCUCUUCUGUGGGUCUGCGCAGGCGGCGGAAGUGACAGUCACGUUUCCGUGCUGACCCAUCGGGCUGCUACGCUCAAAACGCUUGUUACGCUCGAUCUGCCAGAUAUUAGGGUAUCAUCAAUAGAAUACGCAAAAGGAGUGAGGCAAGUGACCACACUGUGCGGCGACACAGUCUGGCUCGGCACUGAGGACAAGAAAAUCAUCAUAUUCUCGGGCGUCGAACCCGAGAAGCAGGAGAAACUGAACGAGGUCCCCACUGUAGCGGCAGUCACGCAGAUCCGCUACCACUGCGAUUCAAUGUUCGUGGGUCUCUCAAAUGGAAGAAUAUCGGUGUUCAGAAGGAAUCACGACGACUCCUGGGCGUUGCAAGAACCGAUCGCAAUAGAGCUCGGAGACCAACCGGUUCACUGCAUUCUACCAGUCGAUGGCAUCAUCUACGCGACUUGCGCCAAACGGGUCUUCGCUAUCAACGCCUUGACCGCUGAAAUCAUGCGCAUCAUAGAACUCAAAGGCGAAGGAGAUCGUUCGGUCAAGUAUUUGGCACAUUCCGGAGUCGGUCUUUGGGCAGCUUUCUCAGAUUCCACGUACGUCAGCUUAUACCACACGGAGACUCUGGAACAUCUCCAGAAUAUAGACAUAGCCGCUGAUGUGGCCAAAACUAUCGGAGCAAGAGAAGGCAGCAAACCGGCUCACGUGUCUUCCCUUUUGGCGGUUCAAGGUCUCCUAUGGGUCGGAACCACCGCCGGAGUCAGCGUCACAGUGCCUCUGCCAAAACUAGAAGGUCUACCCUUAAUCGGAGGACACACCGCGGUCUCCUACCACGCCCACGCCGGCCCAGUUACAUUCCUUCUUGCACUAAACCCUGAUGCAAAAGACGUCGACGUCAACGUCGUCAGACGCAACCUGUCGAAUGCUCGCGCUCUAGCCGACACCGUUCACGAGUUCAAAGAAGAAGAGGAGAAGAAUAAACUCGAACGGCGUAUCUCCGAAGAAAUGAGCCCAUAUAGGCCGCAACGUGUCCAAUCUGCUGUGAUAAGAAGGAAGAAACCGGGCGACGUACGUCUAAGCAAAACUCUGCCAAAGUGCGCGAAUCUCAAUGCGUGUGAUGUGUACGGACUUUUCGGUGAUUUAAUGUUUGUGAAGGACUGUGUGGGUGAAGCUGACGUUAGUGGUUCUGGAGGGGAGACCUUGCGACGGAGUGAUCCUGAAUUAGCGGCGAUUCCAUUCCGCGUCAGUACCUUGGACAGACGGCUGCGGAUGAGGGCGGGUAGACCGAGGAGUUUGGACUUGUCCAGCUGGUCCGUUGACUCGCGAGCUUCAAGUCUAUGCACGUCAUCUGGGAGUGAGGAAUCGAUGGCUCUACGGGGCGUGUCUCGAACCAGUUCGGGCGCAUCCGGGGCAGCUAGCUUAGUGCCAUUGGCCGUGUCCACUCCGGACUCGGGAAAAUCGAGCGCCUCAGAACGGUCAAUUUCUAGAAGCGAUUCGGCGAAUCAGCCUGAGCUGAGACAGAAGAAACCGGAAAGAAACGCUGUGAGGAGUUUACGUGGAACGGAUUACAUCGUGGAGAAUAGCAGAAGGUCGAUAGUGACAAUUAUGGGCGGGCGAGGGUAUGUCGACUGGAGGCAAACCGCUGAUGCGGCGGAACGGCCAGUGCCGGCGGCUGACCCCAAUCCCAAAGACGCCCAUCUUAUUAUGUGGGAAAUGCGCUUGUAA